AUCAUCUGUAUUUAAUUUCACAGAAUAGAUAGGACUAACCGAUCGGAAAUUUACAGGAAAUUAAAUACAGAGAAAACAAGUGCCCAUAUAAGGGAGUCGGAAAAGGAGACAAAGAGACGAGUAAAGAAAAGAAAAUGCAGUGUGAGAGCCGUAGAUUGAUAUUUUCAAAGGGGGCCUGCGCAUGUGUCACGACUCUGAAAGAAGUGUUGACUGUACAGGAAAAACUAAUCCCAAGUGAUCACAUUUAAGUAUAAAAAUAUAACUUGUAUCAAGCAGAGUCUGAAACUACAAUUCAAGAAAACCUUUCUAUUCUAGGCAAUAUAGUUUUGUUUAAUCUUGAUUCUUGACUGCCCCCAUCUUGGGUUUCAAAUUUUCUCAGUAGUCCAUUCUUCUUUUGUCUGGGAAAACAGAAUUGAAGAACAAGAACCCACAAUUGAAUUGUAGUUAGACAAUUCUAAAGCUUUGAAUUCUUCUAGUUCAAAUCCCUCGUGAGCUUCAGAAUUUCUAAUUUUAUUGGUUUCUCAAUCUAUCUUGAGAACGUAAUUGAAGGUUCAGUAGAUUGACUAUCCAUUUUCUAAAUUUUUGAUUUUUUGACUUACCCAUAUGUAUAUAUAAACCAGGGAUCUGGUAAGGAAUAUGGUACUCAAGGAUCUAUCAAUACAAAUUGGUUUGAUUAGAAGAUAAGACCUUGCGAAGGUUGUUCUCUUUUUGGGUUUACAGCUUUGAUCGUUCUUUAUUCACAAUUAGAAGUCUGUUACUGCUAGAGCUUCGAUGGGAUUAUCGCAUUCCUUGCUAGCAGCAGCCUGGAUUGGAAUUUUGAAGAAUAGGAUCUUUAGAUUGACAGACGAGGUUGAGAAAGUUACAGUGAGGUCCAUAAGCUUCGACAGGAAGGAGAGGGAGAUGACCCUUAGAACACUUAGCUUCAAGAAAGAAGAUUCAGAUGCCAUUUCGAAAUCAGAUGUCUCUGAUAAGAUGGUCAUUGAAGAAUCGAUAAGCUUCAAGAAUGGGGAGACCCAGAAAUUGAAAUUUGAAGCAACGGUGUCUUUCAAGGAUAUGGUUCUAGACGGGGAGGAUGUGGGUUCAGUUGCAAAGAAGAGUAAAGAUAACUUCAUCCGAAUACAGAAGAAACCAAAGAUAUUUCUUCCUGAAACAAAACCAACGGUAGUUUUUUCUCCAAGGAUUUUUUCUCCUCCAAAGCCAGUGAGCGAGCUUGAUGCAGCUGCAGUUACGCUUCAGAAGGUCUAUAAGAGUUACAGGACCCGAAGGAACCUCGCAGAUUGUGCCGUUGUGGUAGAGGAGCUCUGGUGGAAGGCAUUAGAUUUCGCAGCUCUGAAGCGAAGUUCUGUGUCGUUCUUUGACAUAGAGAGACCAGAAACUGCGAUUUCCCGGUGGGCAAGGGCCAGGACGAGGGCUGCCAAGGUGGGUAAAGGUUUGUCCAAGGAUGAGAAAGCUCAGAAGCUAGCGCUACAACAUUGGCUUGAAGCUAUAGAUCCGCGGCAUCGUUAUGGGCACAAUCUACACUUAUAUUACGACAUCUGGUUCGAUAGCGAGAGUACCGAACCUUUCUUCUACUGGUUGGAUGUGGGAGACGGGAAAGAAGUAAACCUGGACAAGUGCCCGAGGGUGGAUCUUCAGCGCCAAUGCAUCAAAUACCUGGGACCGAACGAGAGGGAAUCAUACGAAGUGAUAGUGGAAAAUGGGAAGCUAGUGUACAAACAGAAGGGGACGCCUGUAGACACAGAUGAAGGGUCAAAGUGGAUCUUCGUGCUGAGCACAGCAAGGGCACUGUACGUAGGCCAGAAGAAGAAAGGAGUCUUCCAACACUCCAGCUUUCUAGCUGGAGCGGCUACCACCGCCGCUGGAAGAUUGGUCGCUCACGAUGGUGUUCUUGAGGCUAUAUGGCCUUACAGUGGGCACUAUCACCCAACAGAGGAGAACUUCAAGGAAUUCAUUAGCUUCCUUCAAGAGCAUCAUGUAGACCUCACCAGUGUCAAGAGGAUCGCAAUAGACGACGACAGCUCAUCUUACAUACUUGCAGCAGAUGAGGAAACUAAGCCAGAGUCAUCAGAGGAAGAGCCCUUUACAGCUAAAGCUACAGGUGAGCCACAAUCAUAUGGCAUAUCUGCAAAUGCAGCAGUUAUCGGUGGUUCCACCCAAGAUUCUUCUGUUGAUGAUCAUCAAGAGGAAGAAGUGGGAGUUGAACAAGGAGUUUUCGAUCUGGGUAAGCGUUUGUCCUGCAAAUGGAGCACAGGAACAGGGCCGCGUAUAGGGUGCGUGAGAGACUAUCCAGCAGAGCUUCAAUUCAGGGCAUUGGAGCAAGUCAACCUUUCUCCAAGGCUCACACCUGGAGCAGUUUGGGGUUGUGGGCCCAUCCCUUCACCAAGGCCCAGUCCAACUGUUCGCCUCUCUCCUAGGCUUGCAUACAUGGGCCUUCCCAGCCCUCCACUACUUUCUAAGAUUACUAUUUCUCACUAAAUAGAAACUUCAAUAGAGGCCUAAUGGCCUAUCCUCUUGGGUUUUUAUGAACCUGGGCAAGUGAAAUGGUUCCAGGAUCUUGUGUGUCAAAGGGCCCUUCCCGUGCCCUGACCCUUGACUCUGAGAGACUUCUCUUUUUCUUUUCAAUAACAAAUAAUUACAGCUUCAGUUUUACAUGGGCUUAACAUCCUGCCCUUGUAAUAUUCUUCUUUAGUGGGCUUUUAACCCAUUCUUUCAAUCUUUUUUUGACCUCAUUGUCAUGUAAAUCAUGCUGUUCUUACGUAAUGUGUAAGACAGUUUUUCAUUUUUAAUGAAAUCUUUGUUAUUUAAAA